AUGGCGGCGGCACCCUCCGAGGUGGAAGAUACCGCACGGGGUCCAAGCUGCCCGCCUAAACGGGUAAAGGCAACAAAUACAGCCCACCCGAAGACUUACCCCAGGAGGAGAAGCACCAAAAGGGACCAACAUGGGCGGCUCACACGGGCCCUGGCAGGGCCAGGUGCCGGACGGAUCCACCAGGCCGUGACCUCGACCACGGGAGAGGUGUGUGCCCGGGCAUUUGGGUCAGGGGUCCCCAGAAAGCCUAGUCCCUGGCGCUGUGAGCCCGGUGGGGCGGGACUGUGCCGCCCCCCUCGACGGACCGGUGGUCGUGGGGGGCGGACGCCGGCUCCAAGCAUGCGGCCGGCGUCGGGUGAGACGCAGGAACACACUCCUUAA